CUUGGAUGAACUUCUACAACAUGUCGCCCUUGCCGCUGCGACAUGGUGAUGAGGAGCAGUGAAAUCAUGUCAAAUCGACCUGCGGGAAGGCCCCAACUCAUCCGUCUCGAACAGGCGACCCCAGGCACGCGUCACUUCAGGAUCCUGUGGCGUUGGCUUCCCCUCACCGCACUGGGUGGCCUCACCUGGGCCAACCGCUGCCGGGAGGGAGUGCGCCCGCCAGUGGCGCAACAGCUCUUGGACGAGCUCUUCCUUGGGAAUGAUCCGAUGCUUGACUUCGAAUAUGAGGACCUUGUUCCUGAUACCAGUAUGACGCAUAUGUCUGCCAAAGAUGUGGACCUGGUGCUGUCAGUGGCGAAACCCAGCUUUUGGCUCGAGCUCGGCAGCUUUGAGGGCGGCUCUGCCAUCGUGGCCAGCGAGCGGAUUUUGGCACAUGGACUUAACACAUCAGUGGUCGCCGUCGACACCUUCUUGGGCGAUGUGCGUGUCUUGUGGGAGCGGCCCCCGGAGGAGCGCCGGAAACUGCUCCGCGCCGAUGGCCGGAUCACGCUCUUUGACCGCUUCAGAAACCACCUCCGGAAUGCAAACUUACACUACUGUGUGUUGCCCCUGCCCGCCACCUCCGUGGUCGCCUUGAAGCUCGUGGACUCCUUGGCACGGCGCUCUCGGGCUCCGUUGCCAGAAGUGAUCUACCUUGACUCCGCCCAUGAGGAGGGGGAAGUGCUGUUGGAGCUUGGCUUGGCCUGGAAAGUGCUGUCGCCCGGUGGCGUGCUCUUUGGAGAUGACUGGCUCCUUCCAGAAGAGGGUGAGACCACGAGCUUGCUGGAGGGUGCCACGCAUCGGGAUGUUCUGCGAUUUGCUAGCUUGAUGGAGGAUGAGCUGGACGAUGAUUGGGGGAGCCAGGUUCAGUCCUUGAGAACACUAGGUCGUGUGAGGCCUGGCUUGUUUGUCUCCUACAACUCCUUCCAGUGGUUCAUGAAGAAGCUGCCCCACGUGACCUCUCGCAGCUCUAAGCCUUUUUGGCCAAGCGUGAGCAAUGCAGGAUAUGUGUGUUGGAGCGCCGGUUUUCGCAAAGAGGACUGCUGUGACGAGGCACGCUUUGGGCCGAGUGGCAAUGCCAAAUGCUGGGACUUGGUUCCCACGCCUUUGCAAGAAGCCAUCCAGCAGUGGCAUCACCAAGGACCAUUUUUGAACGGUCUGAGAACAGCCAGCUCCUGGGUUUGCUUGCAACUGGAACGCCAUCCGAGGUUGCACCAUAGACAUUGUCAGGCCAUCACCUGGGAAAGGAACAGCAUCCACCUGCCUGUUUUCGAUGGAUACAACCACUGCUCCGUGACUUGGACUGAGUUCCAGAUUGUGGCCGGUGUCAUCCACAUCGGCAGCACUCCUGUUGAUGGCCACUACCAGGCCGUUUUGUUCAACUCUGGAGCCGGCCUGCUGUGUGACGACAAUAGCCGGCCAAUUCGCCUCACUCGUGACUUGUUCUUCUACCAGAACAUCUACUUGCUUUGGGUAGCGCCCAUGACCGAGCUUCGUACUGAGUUUCGCCGACCAAUUCCGUGGCCUUCAACGGCCACACUCGGUACGCUGAUUUCAGAGCACCUCGCAUGAUGCUAGCAUCCUGGUGGGCCCAUGAUCCUCCUGC